GACCCCUGAUCCGCGAUGCAUGCUGGGAACUGUAGUCCUCGGCUUUCGCGCCACGCUGGGCGCGAGCGGGGCGGGGUGAAAAAAAGAACUACAAGUCCCGAGGAGCCGGGCGCUCCGGCGGUGGGAGCGGUAGUGCUGCGGGGCCGCGACGAGCGCUCUGAGCCGGGGAUCGGCGCUUGUCCGCGGGCCGCCAUGGAUCUCUUCGGGGAUCUGCGGCGCAUGAACAAGCGGCAGCUGUAUUACCAGGUCCUAAAUUUUGCGAUGAUCGUCUCCUCUGCCCUUAUGAUAUGGAAAGGGCUCAUCGUCAUCACUGGCAGCGAGAGCCCCAUCGUUGUGGUGCUCAGUGGCAGCAUGGAGCCAGCUUUUCACAGGGGAGACCUCUUGUUCUUAACAAAUUUCCACGAUGACCCAAUCAGAGCUGGUGAAAUAGUUGUGUUUAAGGUUGAAGGCCGAGACAUUCCGAUCGUUCACAGAGUAAUCAAAAUUCAUGAAAAAGAAAAUGGGAACAUCAAAUUUCUGACCAAAGGUGAUAACAAUGAAGUCGAUGAUAGAGGCUUGUACAAAGAAGGGCAGAACUGGUUAGAGAAGAAAGACGUUGUUGGAAGAGCAAGGGGAUUUUUGCCUUAUGUUGGUAUGGUAACUAUAAUAAUGAAUGACUAUCCGAAAUUUAAGUAUGCUCUUCUGGCAGUAAUGGGAGCUUAUGUACUUCUGAAACGGGAAUCCUGAGGCACAAAAAAAAGUCAGCUUUCCAAGAACAACGUAUAAAGCUAAAUAUAUGGGGAUAAAAAAAGCGUAAUAUAUUUCAGAUGUUUUAACUUCUGUCUACAGUUCCAAAGCUGUGCAAACUUUUGUCUUGUCUAAAUAAAGGGUGUUAUUGAUGACUGAA